UGUCUUCUCAAUGUUUGUCACCAAAUUUCCCAAGCUUCUUUUGGUAUUGCUACCAGUGAGUGUUUUGUAGUUCUGGAUGAAAUACAGUUGAUUCAGGAUUAGCAUGCCAUGGUGAAUGAUUUACCUGCAGUUAAGGUAUUAGCUAAGAACAAGCUGACCUUCAGCAGGUAUUGACUAGAGGGCACUAGUGGUGCAGAACAGCAGAGCAGGAGUGUCAAUGCAAGAAAGGAAUUACCUGGGUCUGUCUUGAGAGACAUUACAUUAUACACAGUGCUGGCUCGUCUAGGCAAAGGGGGAGCAGCUGAUACCAGCAAUACAAUACAUGCAUUCAACAGGUGAAGAAUCGACGCUUAUCAUUUUCAGUGAGUUUGCAUCACUGGAGAAACUUCACGUGUGGGUAGAGGGCAUUGAACUCAGGUCACUACAAACAAGAGCGAGGGUAUAUAAAGAAGAAGAAAGACGCAAUUCAGGACAUUGUUAAGAAAUCUAAAGAAAAGAUAUGCACUUAUUCUGAAGCCGUCUCUCUUUUGGAAAUGGAUUGGACAAAAAACAUGGCCAACCAUAACCAGCCACGGUCACCAACCACAAGCGAUAUUAACCUGGGACCCUCAGCCAAUCCCAAUGCCAAACCUACAGACUUUGACUUCUUGACAGUUAUUGGAAAAGGGAGCUAUGGAAAAGUGCUGCUUGCGAAACGCAAAUCAGACGGCAAGUUUUAUGCUGUGAAAGUCCUACAGAAGAAAACAGUACUAAAAAAGAAAGAGCAAAAGAACAUCAUGGCUGAGCGCAGUGUGCUGCUGAAGAGCCUGAAGCACCCGUUCCUGGUGGGGCUGCACUACUCCUUCCAGACUCCAGAGAAGCUCUACUUCGUCCUGGACUAUGUCAAUGGAGGAGAGCUGUUCUUUCACCUGCAGAGGGAACGAUGUUUCCUGGAGCCCCGUGCACGAUUCUACGCAGCAGAGCUUGCCAGCGCUAUAGGUUACCUGCACUCCCUCGAUGUUGUCUACAGAGACCUAAAGCCAGAGAACAUCCUGCUGGAUUCUCAGGGCCAUAUUGUGCUGACUGAUUUUGGCCUCUGUAAAGAAGGAAUAGACCCCAAAGCCACCACCUCCACCUUCUGUGGCACUCCAGAGUAUCUGGCCCCAGAAGUGUUGAAGAAGCAGCCCUACGAUCGCACUGUGGACUGGUGGUGUCUGGGCGCUGUGCUCUACGAGAUGCUAUAUGGGCUGCCCCCGUUCUACAGUCGUGACGUUACAGAGAUGUACGACAACAUCCUGCACAAAAAGCUGGAGCUCCGGGGGGGCAAGACCGUGGCGGCCUGUGACAUCUUGAAGGGGCUCCUGCAGAAGGACCAGCACCACCGCCUGGGGGCCACUGCGGACUUUUUGGAGAUUAAAAGCCAUGUGUUUUUCUCGCCUAUAAACUGGGACGACCUGUAUCACAAGAGAAUCACUCCACCAUACAACCCCAAUGUGAACGGCCCGGCUGACCUCCGACACUGUGACCCCGAGUUCACCAGUGAGGCGGUGCCGAAUUCCUUGGGGCGCACCCCUGAUCUGACCUCGGGCUUGUCCUCCAGCGUCUCCAAUGCCUUCAAAGGCUUCUCCUACGCCCCCAGUGACGACGCCUUCCCCCUCUAAAACCAGAGCUCAGACUUUCUUCCAAUUAAACACCCUGAAGAGGAGUCAGCCAGGCAGGCCAGUAAUCCCGCAAGAAGCUUCGUGGGGGAGAGGGCACUGAGCUGAAGGGUUUUUUUUUUUUUUUUUUUUGGAUCAUGGUUUUAUAAGGGACUCUCAUUCCUGUUCUGUAUUUAUAACUUUGCAUAAUAGAACACGAAGUGAUUACUGUAAAUAUGUGAUCGUAAACAUCAGACGGCAGAUUCUGACGGCUGAAGUGUUGAAUACAGUGCUUGUGAAAAGUUCUAGAUUGAUGGCCGUGGACAUUUUUAUUUAGCCACAGAACAGGUACAGCAAAGGGAGCCUUGGUAAUGAGAUCCCCUUCUCCCAUAUGCACGGCAUGGCACGGCACCACUGCCAAAUGCUUUAAUCUCCUUUUAAGGUCAGAGAAACUGUCUAUUAGGAACUGGACUGAGACCUUUGGAACUUAUUCACACAAACCUCAACCCCCUUUUAGGUGGAGAGAGUUUCUAUCACUUCCAGCUGGUAUGAAAGACUUCAUACCCAGUCCAUUGCUGAUCACAGUGAGCCAACGACAUACCUAUCUAUUAUUAUUGUAUGUAUAUCUAUCUAUCUAUCUAUCUAUCUGUCUAUCUAUCUAUCUCUAUGUAUCUAUCUAUCUGUCUCCUUCAGUCGCUGUGUGCACAAUUGUACCUUAAGUUUCCUAUCUAUGUAUCAAUUUUAUAAUGCAUUUCGAAGUUCUAGCAGGGCAACUGUUUAAAAUUUCUAAAGGUUAAAUAAAAAAUAUUGUGACAUAUAUAACUGCUGGUAUCACAGACUGUGAUUAACUAAUGUUGGACUACUGUAAACUUGGGUAAGGUAGUCCAGGAUUAGUGCUAAUGGGUGUGUGUGUGUGAAACUAGCAGAUGCAAAACAAUGUAAAACAGACAGGGGUGUGUGGUAAUGUGGGCAUCUGAACCACUGAGCAGCACGGACAGCACUCCAGGCCAAAGAGCAAGGGGUGUAAAGCCACUGAUGGUACCAGGGACAUUUGUAUGAAGCAAGAAAUCAGUGUUAGAGGUGGUGGUGGGAUUUAGAAGAAUUAUUUAGCCAUUAUGCAGUUACUCUUAUGUACAACUUGAUUAAAAAUUAAUAAAGCUGACUAUUAAUA